CUCUCGGUCCCGCCCUCCAUCACCCUCGUUCUUCCCUGUCAUCCAAGCGAAGCCCACGGCCGGUUCGCAGAACACAUAGUUGCCGUCGCUGAAUACGACGCUGGCAAGUCCGUCGUCUGCGAUGUACAGGCAAGGGAACCAAGUCAAUGAAGCCGGUAAUGGAUGGACUGUUGCACCUGUGCAUCACCAUGGCUCCGACGUAGACUCCUCUACGGAACGCGAUGUGCGUUCCACGGCGCGUUCGGAACCGUCUUCCUCUCGCACAAGGCAUCCGAAUGACGCAGUAGAGCGCGAUAUGCGCCAUCCAGGAUCCGUCGCCACGCUCCCCGAUCCCGUUCCUAUCAUGCCCUACUGGUCCUCAAAACGCCAUCUCACAUGUGGCAAUCCCGCUCCUCCCCCAUUGUACGCGAUCAAGAUGCCCCCGUGGCGCACGACGCCGUCCAAGCUUAAAACGGCCAAUGCGCUCCUUGUCCUCUGCCUGAACAUUGACGUCGACCCGCCAGACAUCAUCAAGACCAAUCCAUGCGCCACACUGGAGUGUUGGGUCGACCCGCACACGCUGCCCGCACAGAAGGCGCUCGACAUCAUCGGCAUGAAUCUCGCCCAUCAGUUUGAGGGGCUGAGUGCGAAGAUCACGUUUAAGCCUUUGCUUGACCCCGCAAACGACGAUCUGCGGAAACAUUGCAAUUCAUUACGCAAGACAGCGAAGGAAGAUGCGAUCUUAUUCCACUACAAUGGCCACGGCGUUCCCAAGCCCACGCCGAGCGGGGAACUCUGGUGUUUCAACAAGGAGUACACGCAAUACAUACCCGUGUCUCUACAGGAGGUGCAGAGUUGGUUGCUAUCACCGUGCGUGUACAUUUGGGAUUGUUCUGCAGCUGGGCACCUCCUGCAGAAUUUUAUCACCUUUGCGAAACGCCGCGACAACGAUGCGCUCAAUCGUGGAGGGUAUCCCGAGGGUACGCCACCAUUCUCGGAGAGCAUCCAGCUUGCUGCCUGUGCCGCUGAUGAGCAACUACCGACAUGUCCUGAACUACCGGCCGAUCUGUUCACGUCUUGUCUGACCUCGCCGAUUGAUAUUGCAUUGCGUUGGUUUGUGAUGUGCAACGAACUCCCGGGAAAUAUCACGGGUGAUAUGGUGAUGCAGCUUCCUGGUGAUCUCAAGGACCGUCGGACGCCUCUGGGCGAACUGAACUGGAUAUUUACUGCCAUCACGGAUACUAUUGCUUGGACAACAUUCCCUCGCGAGCUGUUCACACGCCUGUACAGGUCAGACUUGCUAGUUGCGUCUCUAUUCCGGAACUUCCUGCUGGCGGAACGGAUCAUGAAGAACUACCACUGUACCCCGCAUACCUACCCUCCGCUUCCGGCGACAAAUACACAUCCGCUGUGGGCAUCUUGGGACCUCGCAGUAGAUUCUUGUCUGCGGCAACUGCCGGAGCUGCUCAAACACCAGAAGCCUGGUGCUGUAGCAGAGACUUCACUCACUGGUAGAAGGUCGACCAUGUCGCGGCCUCACCAACCAGGAGGCUCUGGACAUGCCCCACCACCACCUGCAGAUCCAUCUUACACUUAUAUCCGCAGCAGGUUCUUCAGUGACCAGCUCACGGCAUUUGAAGUGUGGAUAUCUCGCGGUGGGUCGGCGCUCACCAAACGCGGACCUGGGUCGCUGCCCGAGAGCUCAGAAGGCGAGCAGGCAGGCGUUGAUGCUCUGAAUGAUGAUCCGACACAUCUUAUGACUGCCACGGGCCAGAAUAAGAAUGAUGACGACAACCUCGUUCCCCGCAAGCCACCAGACCAGCUGCCGAUCGUCCUGCAAGUCCUGCUCUCUCAGCCUCAUCGUCUCCGCGCGCUCAUCUUGCUUUCGCAAUUUGUUGACCUAGGGCCGUGGGCGGUGCACCUCGUGCUGACCAUCGGCAUUUUCCCAUACAUCUCGCGCCUCUUACAAGCAGCGUCGGCAGAAUUGCGUCCAGUACUGAUUUUCAUCUGGGCACGCAUCAUUGCGGUGGAUCCGUCUUGCCAGAUCGAACUGUACAGCAAUCAGGGCUACCGAUACUUUGCGCAGAUUCUCGCAGCGCAGGAUGACCUCAUGCAGCCAGUGAUCACGAACAGCUCGGAGCACAAGGCGAUGUGCGCAUUCAUCCUAUCCUCCAUCGCGCGCGACUACCCUCACGGACAAAGUGCAUGUUGGCGUGAACACGUCUUCGACGCAUGCUGCAACCGAAUGAACGACAGUGACUUCCUUCUGCGGCAGUGGUCCGCGCUCUGUAUUGCGCAGAUAUGGGACGCUAACGACGAGAUCAAGACAUACGGCGUGGACAGAGGGAUACAGGACAAGCUGAUCGAGUUGCUGUCGGAUGACUCGCCGGAGGUACGCAGUGCGGCGCUGUAUGCGCUCGGGACGUUCUUGGGCGCGUCUGGUUCCCCAGACCUGGCCAAGCUUGGAGGCGGGGGCAGCGGGACGCAACUCCAGCUGGAGGAGCGCGUUCAUUUCCGUAUGGAGGUGGCCGUGGUGACAGGGGCGACGCUUGCUAUCAAAGAAGAUGCGAGUCCGAUGGUCCGAAAGGAACUGCUGGUUCUCAUCAGCUGCCUCGUCAAGGAGUGGAGAGGCUACUUCAUUGUCUGUGCAUGGAUCUAUUGGGAAGAAGAUCGACGGUGGAAGCAGGGCAAGCAUCUCCAGCAGCAUGAGGACGACAUUGCGUCCCAGGCUGUCGCCGAAUGGCUGGACAGACUUCCUGAUGACGAGGAUUUCCGAGGCGAGAAUCGUGUUCUUCUCUCUUCUUUCUUCACCAUUUUCUCCGUGCUGCUCGAGCUUUCGGUCGAUCCAUAUCAUGAGGUGGCCACAAAUGCGCAGACGGUCGUUGACUACAUUGUGGCGUUGCUGCUUGAGUCCCCGUUCAGCCGACUGGAAAGCACGACGCUGCGCGGAGCUCCAGAGCCAUCUCAGGAUGCAAUAAACGUAGUCAAUGGCACACGGACGAGAGCACCUUCGCUAUCUGAGCAAAGCUCGCUCCCACCCCUCUCGCCAGGUGCGGGCAGGCCAGAGAUGCCUCGCAGUGAGACGAUGCACAGCAGCAUCUCGAGCGGCGUGACGAGCACGCUCAGGCGUACACAUUCCUUCGCGAACGCGCUCAGGACGCUUGCGGGCAACAUCGCCUUCCCCACCCUGGAUGACGGCCAGGGAUCGCUCAAGCCUACUGCAGGUUCCAUGCUUCACUCAGAGGCCGCGGACGGUGUGUCACGGCCACCUUCGCCGAAUCUUAACUACGCACAGUAUACGUCGCCAUAUUCCCGCCCGUCAACCCCACCUGCGGUGAUCCGCUCGCAAAAGACCUCUCCAUAUCCUUCGCCAAAGUCGUCGUAUGAGUCGCACAAUCCGACAAUGGACUUCCUUCCCUCGGAUGUUAUGGACGUGCACGUCAUGGAGGCGCUGAUGGAGGAGGACAUGGAGCGGCUGAGGGCAAGGAGACGGACAGGCUCACGCUACCAUCAUCAUGCGCACCAUCAUGGUGUGUUGAGCAGUCCUUCGGGCAGCACUUUCUCGAUGGACUCGAACAUCAUACUCGGUUUGGGCACAGGAAUUGGGGUCAGGGACGUGCUGCCUCUGAAGAGCAGAUUCUAUGAUUGGUGCUGCGAAUACUACAAGGAGCCGCAAAUGAGGCAACCUGAACAAGAGGAGCCGGGAAGUGUGCAAUACAAUUAUCAGAUCUGGCGCCAGCAACAGAUUGAGCAAGUGCUGCAUACCACCCGUGCACAAGCGGAGGUGGCCGCGAGCUGCAGAUGGGACAGGCAAGUAUCGCACAUACGAGUCCAUGGCCUGCCGGUUACGAUGGCUUUCCAUUCCUUUGAUCCACAUCUUGCAGUUGCAAACGAGUCGGACGAGGUCACGGUCUAUGAUUGGAUUCGGCGGAAACCGAUGACGCACUUCUUCAACGGCAACCCACGAGGUACCUGUAUCACCUCUUUGCAUUUCAUCAACGAAGAUGUUGGUGGGAUUAUACUCACUGCUGCUGCGGACGGAAUCGUGCGCUUGUAUCGCAACUAUGAUACAUCUGUCACAAAGGAUCCGGUACAGAUGGUCAGCUCAUUCCGUGGGGUCAACGAGAUGUUGCCGGUGGAACGCGGCAGUGGCCUUGUGACGGACUGGAAACAGAUUGGAGGCAGUCUUCUCAUCGGAGGCGACUCGCGCGUGAUUCGUAUGUGGGAUGCGCACACCGAGAGCCAAGUCAAUGAUCUGGAAACAAAUUCGGAUAGCCCGGUGACAGCCCUAGCAUCUGAUGAAGGGUCCUCCUCGGUGUUCCUGGCGAGCUUCUCGGACGGCGCAAUUAAAGUAUUCGACCGCAGACUGGACGAGGAGGAUGCAGUCGUGCGCGUAUACCGUGAUCAUUCCUCAUGGGUGCAGAAUGUCAGGUGGCACCCAACUAUCGGCGGCACGUUCCUUUCCGGAUCGUUGGAUGGCGAGGUCAAGAUGUGGGAUGUUCGGGGAGGCAACCAGGCGUUCAAGACGUGGGAUUUGCAUCCGCACGGCCUGUCUGCCUUCGACGUCCACGAACAAACUGAGGUGUUUGCUGCCACAUCGUCCUUGCUGCAAACUAACUGGAAGUCGCAACGAACAUCUGUCCGCUCUUUGACAGCAUCGCCAUCAUCACUAUGCUCCUUCACGACGUCACUAACGAUGCCACCGCCACGGGAUCACUACGUGCCGUUUGUUCCUCGAUCCAGCAGUCUUGUCUUCCAUCCGCGAGAAAUGGUAUAUGCGCUGGGUUUGUGGGAUGGGUCCGUGCGUAUCAUGGGCUGCAAAUUACCUUGAUAUUCUUCUACGUACUGCUAGCGAUACUGGUCACCCACAGCUGGUCAUAUAGAAUGAACACUGUACUGCCUGCCAAUAUUUUAUUACCGUUGUAUGUUGAUCUAUGCCUGGUCCCACAUUCGUAUAGAUAGCGCAGAAUUCGAACUUGCUGGACCCGCGGUUGCUUA